GUUUUUCUGUACUUUCUGUACAAAAUUAAGAACCACACUUUAUCUCAAGCUGCGCGCGCGCGUGUAGGUGUAGUGUGCGCCAUAAUCGGCGUCACAUAAACAAAACGACAGAGCUAUCGGAUAUGCCUUAAAAAUACCUCAGCAAGAACGAUCUCUUGGGAAAUGCACUCCAUAGUGGAGCUCAAAGGUGUAAAAUGUGGAUAUCGCUGUGGCUAUUGCGGAAAUGCAUGGGGGAAAGCAUCAUAUGGCAUGUGGUCCCACACUAUGACAGUUCAAGACUAUCAGGAUCUCAUUGACAGAGGAUGGAGAAGAAGUGGCAAAUAUGUUUACAAGCCUAUUAUGAAUAAGACCUGCUGCCCACAGUACACCAUCAGGUGCCAUGCUUUGAACUUUCAUCCAUCGAAGACUCAUAAAAAGACCUUGAAGAGAAUGAACAAAUUCCUUUCCAAAGGAGAGAUGCCAGAGGAACAGCAUGAUGGGGACAAUGAAGGUGUUUUAGAAGAAAUCAAAGGUCAUCUAAAGCCUCUCUCCUCCAUGUUUCAGAGGACAGUGGCUAUAGCUGCAGGAAAAACCCAGUCAUUUUUGGCAGGGGAGCCCAUGGACUCGGUGCAUGAAGAAGGGAUAAGACCACCUCCUCAAGACCCUCUGAAAAUAGACCACACUGAUGUAAAUGACAUCACCAGCAACCCUGACCCAGACACCAAAUCAGCCUCUCCAUCAACACUCAGAAAAGAUUCGACACCCACCCCAUCGGAGAAACCCUCACAUGUUGCACCCAAAUCAGGUAAAGGAGCCGAUCCCAACAGGCCACCGUGUAGAAAAGCCAAGGACAUCCGAAAAGAGCGUCGACUUCAAAAAGAGCAACAGAAGCAGUCGGAAGGAGCAUCCACCUCUCUGAAUCCCGCGCCGAUGGAGUCUACAUCUACUCAGCCCAAAUCACUGGAGGAGUUUAUCUCCGAGUCUUUACCCACCGACCCUCUCCACCGCUUAGAGGUGAAGUUAGUGCCGGUCAGCUUCGAGGACCCGGACUUCCUGGCGUCCCUCGAGCAGUCGGCGGCGCUCUAUGCCCGCUACCAGAUGACCGUUCAUGGCGAUGCUCCUAGCGAGUGUGGGGAAAGCGAGUUUAAGAGAUUCCUGUGUGAUUCGCCUUUAGAGGCCGAGACAGCUCCUGAUGGUCCAGAUGUGGGCUAUGGCUCGUUCCAUCAGCAGUAUUGGCUGGAUGGCAGAAUAAUAGCCGUCGGGGUGCUGGACAUCCUUCCUUAUUGUGUGUCGUCCGUGUACCUCUACUACCACCCGGACUUCUCUUCGCUCUCAUUGGGCACCUACUCCGCUCUCAGGGAGAUUGCCUUUACCAGGCAGUUAAAGAAGCAGUCGCCCAAACUUUCUUACUAUUAUCUGGGUUUCUACGUUCAUUCUUGUCCCAAGAUGCGCUAUAAGGGUCAGUACAGACCUUCAGACCUCCUGUGUCCCGAGACGUAUGUUUGGAUGCCCAUCGAGAGGUGCAUCCCUCGCCUUGACGUCUCUGUCUAUUCCCGCCUCAAUGAAGACACCAAAGCUGGUGAUGCUCAGGCUCUGAAGGAAGUGGGCAGAGCUUUGGUGCUCUACAGAAGGACAGUGAUGCCAUACGCCGCCUACGCCCGCAAGCGCAAGGGUUCAAAUGAUCAGAAAGAAGUGGAGCAGUAUGCCAGUCUGGUGGGACAGAUGUGUGCUGAGAGAAUCCUGCUUUACAGAUCCUAGAACACAAUUGCAUCUUACAGCUGUCUGUCUGUCUGUCUGUCUGUCUAUCCGUCUUUGCUUUGUUUCCUCUUCCAGAACUCUUCUGUCUUUUUUUGCAUUUAUUAAACUUUACUUUUAUAUAUUUAGCCAACAGCAUUCUGUAACUCCACAAGCUCACGUGCAACAAAAAUAAUAAACAGGCACAUAAUAUCACAAUGUAUUACAAAAUAUUGGCCAUUUAUAAUUCACCAAUCACAACUAUUUAUGUAACACAUGUCACGGCAAACCCUAUACUUCUCUCAAUAUAUAAAACCUUUCAAUGCAGUCACUGUUUGGCUGUUAAAUGUUGUUGUGUAUUUGUACACUAUGUUUGCCCUGCAAAUUAUACUGAAGAUGUAUUCAAGAUGUAUCAUUAGUAACGUGGAUCACGGCUCUUUCCUGUGUCUUGUGGUGCCGUUAUUGAUUUUUUUUGGACAAAAUUGGUAUUAAUGUCCAUAAGUAUCCAAAGGGAUUUCCAAAGCAGGUGCUGUGACAUGACAUGUAUUAAAUGAUGCUUGAAUCCGAUUCAUUAACCUGUGGAUCACAUUUAUCUUUUCUGACUUUGCUUUUGGUUGAUGAAAUAGAUUAAGGGCAUUUAUUUUAAUAUUGUUUUGUUUUAAACUAAAUAAAUAAAUUACAAAAUCA